AUGGAGAAAGCACAAGUCUCUAAUGCAAAAAAUAACAACAAAACUGUGACAGUCAAAGCAGCAGGUAAGAAAGCUUCUUCUGUUGAAGAUAGGUCUUCCAGUAUCUUCCUUUUAGACCCAGACGUCCUUAAUUGCCCAAUUUGCUUUGAUCGCCUCACCAUUCCAGUCUAUCAGUGUACAAAUGGCCAUGUUGCUUGCUCUGUUUGCUGCGGUCGCUUUCUUAGGAAGUGUGGCUCAUGCUCCUCCAUCCUGACUGGUACGCAACGUUGCAGAGCCUUGGAGAAAGUAUUGGAAUCCGUUAAAGUUCCAUGCCCUAAUGCCAAAUACGGUUGUAAAGACACAUUAUUGCGUUACAGUGACAAGUCUGGCCAUGAAUCCAAAUGCGAAUUUGUGCCAUGUUCUUGUCCACACACAGAUUGCGACUUUGUUUCCUCGUUCUUGGAUCUACCCGCCCACUUCACAACUGAACAUGAUUUCUCCGCCGGUGCCGGAGUGAGAUUUUUGUACGGUAAAUCAUUCAAUCUGACACUCAAGUCUGAAGAUGAAACUAUUAUACUUCAAGAAGACACUGGUAGCAAGUUGUUCAUGCUCCACAAUCUUGUGAUCGAUCAUGGAAAUGCUGUUAAUGUUUGUUGCAUUCAGCCUGAUUCAAUGCCUAAAUAUCGGUGCCAAAUUUCGGCUAAGUGGAAUGGAUGCAGUCUGGAUAUGCAGUCUUUUACCAAGAACAUUCAGAAGUCUACUAUGGCCACUAUUCUUUCAUCAAGGUUUAUGCUGAUUCCAUCUUAUUAUUUUGGUGCUAGUGAACCUUGCAACCUUGAAAUUUGCAUAUGUAGGUUGUGA